CCCAGUGCCAGCCUGUGACGCCCUGUGAGGCUACCACACCCAGUCUGUUCUUGCAAAGUUGACUCACAACAAACUGAAACAGGACACCGGAGCUCAGUGGGCUGCAGGGCAGAAAUAACCUCACUUCUCCUCUAACCGAGACACAGAGAGGGAGAGAGAGUUUACAGAUUUAUCCAAAGUUUGUUUUCUGUAGAGAGAGAGAGGAAAGUCAGAGUCAGCAUGAAGUCUGGACUGAGGAUAGCUUUACUUCUCUGUCUGGUUUCUGGGACUUUAACUCAAGACGGAUUCGACCUGUCUGAUGCCCUAUUUGAUGAAGAGCCAACGCCUCCAAAGCCCAAAGAUACCCCGAAGGUCCCGGAUGUCCCGGGGAAGCCCAAAGAUGAUGGACUGGACCUGUUAGAUGCCUUCGACUUUGGGCCGACCCCUGCAAAACCCAAGCCUCCAAAGACCCCAGAGAAGCCUAAAGACGAUGGUGGAUUCGGACUGGACUUGGAGGACGCGCUCGGCCCAGACCCCAACCCCAAACCAGACAAGCCAGCUGUGAAACCCCAACCAGGCGGAGGUGGAGGAUCGUUCGACGACUCCGAUCUGUUUGACGUGAACGGUGGUGGAGGAUACAAACCUGAUGGAGGUCGGUCAGGUGGUGGUGGUGGUGGUGGUCCAGCAUACGACCCCGGAUACGAUCCUAACGGUGGAGCCGAUCAGACUCAAGAAGCUGGAGCUGGACCCAUCGCCGGGAUCGUCAGCGCAGUGGGCGUGGCCUUGCUAGGAGCAGCGUCCAGCUACUUCGCUUACCAGAAGAAGAAGCUGUGCUUUAAAAUCCAGGGAGGUCAAGAUCCAGAGAUGGGGAAAGGACAGCGAAGCCCUCGGAACGAUAAUCAAAUUUUCAGUAGCCUGCUCAAGACAUCUUAGACGAGCCGGCCUCCUCCACCUCCUCCUCCACCUCCUCCUCCACCUCCACCUCCUCCUCCUCAGCCCGGUCAGGUGUCGACUUCGGUCUGGACCUUUCUACUUCCUGUUGUUACGCCUGUUCCCUCCUCCGUCAGUCUGAACCCACAUCAACUUGAAAGCAGAAACAUAUAGACGUUUAAACUCCGCUCCUGGCUGCUGUGUGUGCUUACACACACAUUCAUACUUCUUCAUGUCUGUAUCAUAGCUGCUUCAUGGGCGGAGUUAAUGCACUGUACAUGCUACAUUAGAUAGUCUUUAUCAUGUUGUUACCUGCAGCAGACCCCCACCUGUUAGCGUCUAAGAAGGAUUGAACAAAGCGCACACUUUAGUCUUUAUUUUUUUAGCUUUAAAGGAUCGAGAGCUUUUUCUGUUUCAAUCCUAAAAUCAGUUUCAUGUCUGCGACGUCUGCCUCAAACCUUUACUUCCUUAUCGUUUGUUUCUGCUUCAUGCACAAAAAGGCGGUACUACGGAAGCCCUAAAUGGACACGUGAUGUCUCGUUACCUCAAGGUCUAAUGUUUGUUUAGAUCCUCUGACGUUGCGUCGAGAAAGCCCCUCAAACUAACUCACAGUGACACAGAGUGAAUUAAAUGUAAGCAUGUGUCUGUUUGGGAUUCCGUAGUUCUCAAAUACAAUAAAAUCUUUCCUCAUACAUAAAUGUAGAUUAUAUAAAGUAAACACAAAGACAUUGACAUCAUAAUAAAACAUAAUAUCAUAAAGCUUCCUGUUUUAAAGAAUAACCAUAUCGUACAUUAUUUCAUAUCCUGGGUGUGAAUCCAGCAGAAGGAGCUUUAAUCUGAAACGCUGAUUGUGAUGAGAUGUUGUCAACACAGAUUACUACAUUCAAACAGUAAACAUGUUGUCGUUUAUGAGAUGUAUUGCGUAUAAAUGUAACGUACAGUAUUGGUUACACUCUGUGUUCAUGUGUCGGGGUUAAUUUCAAGUUUGUGCACUGCCGAAGUCGUCUCUGUCCGACCUUUAACGCCGUCAAACCUCAAUUUAGCAAAAAGUGAUACGAAAUACAUCAUUUAAAGUGACCUGUGGGACGUGGAGGAGACCAAAAAGGAGCCAAAAAGAGCAACAAGAAAUCAUCAGACAAACAAUAACAGGAUUUAAACAAAUUUCAAAGCUGCUUUGAUUCUCCUGAUUGUUCUAAAUGUGCUUUAUGCUGCCCCCUAGUGGUUUGAGGAAUGACACAAGCUGUCAUAUAAGGAUGAAGGACGGACAGAGAUGACUGGAUAAGAUGGAGAAGAGUGUUUAUGUUAUCCGUUAAUUUACUCACACCUGUUCAGAGGACGUUUGAGGUCAGAUAUGAAGAGAGAAUGAGAGGGGGGAGAUGUUUUUAACCUUUUAUGUUCAUUUUGAUAACAGCAUUUCAAUUCUUAGAGAUUAUCUUAUAUUAUCAGAUUAAAGUCAGGGUUUCAAGAUAAGAAUUAAGACAAUUUUUUAUUGAAAUAUGUUGAUGUUUUAUUUUUGUAUUUUUUAGACAAUUUAUAAAAAAUAGAGCAUUAUUUUGACUUUUUAAAAUUCCCCAACAUUUCUACAUUAUUUGAGGAUUUAAUCUUAAUCUCCAGACUUUAUCUUUCUGUCCCCUGUUCUCAAAGUUGACCCUGAACGCCUCUUCUUUACCCUUGACAUCUCCCUCCUGUCGUUUCCCUCCCUUGUGUCUGACCCUCGUCCUCCUCUGUAGCUUUGACGCUUCUUGCUUGCUAUAGCAGAGCAGCAGCCUUCAACACGAGGACUCUGUGAGGCCUCACACCUCUCCUCUCACCUGAGCACCUCCAGCUUCUCUCAGAGUUCAUCUGGAAUGUAGCGUGGAGGCGUUUGGAGGAUUGUGAUUGGUUCUUGGCCGCAUGGCCCCUGUGUGAUGUGAGCUGUAAAUACUACUAAAGAUGCUUCGUGCUUCGUGCUGCGCUCUCCGUGUAUAAACAGGAUCUCUAUGUGAAGUGUAUUUUUCUAUUCAGACUCGUGGUCGGUGUUUGAGCUCAGAUGAUGCGGUGAAUGUUGUUUUUCUGUGAUUUAAAGUGUUUGAAAUAAAGUGGUGUUGUACAGUU